CCCUUUGGUGCCGUCUAGCUGGGAACUGUUACUGGACCCGUCUCUUUGGGUCUUUUUGCCGGAAGUUGGGAAGUUGGGAAGUUCGGGAAAGAUCGCGAUGCGGGAAAAUCUUUUUGGUGUUGCUGAAGGAAUUAGACGGAAAGUAAGCAAGAGGAAUGAUGGAAAGUUUGGUUAUUAUAAGAUGAUCGUGUCCGACGACGGUUGUGAUACCCUUUUUGUUUCUUCUAUCAUCAGCAUCAAGCAUCAGCAUCAGCAUCGAUAUCAAAUAAGCAAUAGAUCCUAGAUCUUAGAUCUCAUAUCUUCUUCUUCACCACUACCACCAAAACAACAUCCACUCAACUUACUUACACUCCUCUCCUCGACCAAUCACCACGUCGGUAUCGCACCACGAACACACAACUCUCACACUCCAAACCUUUCGAGUAACAUCACACAAACACACCACCGCAACAACAACCACCAAGUCAUAAUCAAUCAAAAUGGUCUCUCCCAUCCUCGCCCGCUCCGCCUUCCGCGCUGCCACUCAGGCCACUUCUCGCAACGCUGCCGUCCAAGGCACUCGCCAGUUCUCCGUCAUGCAAACCAUGCGCCAAUGGGCUCGCCGCAUGGAGUUGCACACCCCUUACGAGCGCAUCCCCACUGAGACGGGCGCUGCUGGUGCCGACUGGGGUGCUUCCUUUAAGAAGCUCGCUGGUCAAGCUGCUGUCUACCCCCUCGUCGCUGGUACCCUCCUCGGUUGGCCUUUGAUUGCCAAGACGGUGCUUGAUGGUCGUAUCUAAGGAUACGCUCAUAUAAAAGCUUCACUACCUAGUUACACUGCACACAUACUUUUUUGCAUUUUCUUUUUUGCUUUCUUCAAUUUGUAUGUACCAUUUGGCGGUUGGGAUUUCUCUCUCUUGGUUUUUCAUGAAGGAUGGCGUUCAGGAGGAGGUAGGAAGGAGGCAGGCAGGCAGGCAGGCAGGCAGACAUGAUUUGACAUUUCGAUAUACCAACGGGCAGAGCAGUUUUACCUCAAUUUGUUGGUUGAAAAGACGGAUUGUGAGCCUACAUUACCUGUUCUACUAGAUAAAAGAGGAUUAUAUAAACCAGUGCGGUAAAGGGCAUGAAAUUCAAAAUUUGAUUCUGAGAAACCUUUUGCCUUCCACUAGCUAGGUAUAGUGUACUCAUGGUUUUGAUUUGAACUCGAAAUUGGACUUUGGCUUUAUCAUUGCUGCAUUGCUUCCUUGAUCGAUGUAUCCGGGAGGAAAAGGUUCGAGCCUUGAUCAACCAUUGCUCCCUUCCUAUCACAUGUUCGGAAAAGGUGACUGAGU